AUGUCCUUCCUGCAGCAUGUGGCCACGCUGCGUGGCUCCCUACAAUGGCCGCCGGCCGGGAAGGACGGCGUCGACGCACGCCGGAGCAAAGCCCUAAAAGGCUCAGGCAUAAGACUUUCAGAGCUGUUGCAAGGCAUCUCGGCCGCUGUCGCCAAGCUUCGUGGCGCAGUCGCCCGCGGCAAAGGCGGAGGCGUGAGGAUGCGUGAGAUGGCUCAGGCCCCUCAAGCGAAGCUCGCGUGCAUCUCGCUGCAAAGUCGGCUGCAGACUUCCUCAUCUCGGCCGAAGUUCUGUGGCUGGGACAGCAUGGGACAGCGACAGACAUCCCGAGAACAACAUUCCUUGUCCAGUGCCACGAAGGCCGCAGCUGGAGCCACGGCAGCUGGCCUUGACUGCCUGGUCCUUGGUCCGGCUCGCGACGACGGGUCGGGAUACCGACGAAGUGAGGUCCUCAGUCCGCACGUGUCCUCAAGUGCCGCAUGGGGGCCUCGCAGCACACUGACGGAGUCGCUUCGGCAGAGGCUGGAGGAGUUCGGCCCCCACGAGUUGUCCAUGAUGCUUUGGGCCUUUGCGGCUGGCCCCGCCGGGAAGGCUUCCCAGAGUGGAUGCGGUACUUUCCUGGAAGGUGAGAGGCGCAAGGAGUUGGCAGAGAUGCUGGCGCCUGAAGCUUUGAGAAAGCUUGGUGAAGCCUCCUUCAUGAGCAUCAGCAAUUCGCUUUGGGCAUGCACAACCCUCCGUGUGCUUCCGGCUUUGCCUGGCCUCUGCAUGGCAGCAGCGACGCGCACCGCCACGGCAGACAUCUCCGAGCUCUCCCCGCAAUCACUUUCUAACGUCGCUUGGGCGUUGGCGCUCUCGGUGCUCUCCGACUCCGAUGCGCAGCGGACGGCCUUCGACCGUGCGAUGUCAGUGGCUGCCGAGACAGCCCUACGCCGUACCGCGGAGUUUCGACCGGCAGAGCUAGUUGCUCUCUCCUGGGCUCUGGCAACCAGCCAGGCUUCUGACUCCUGGCUGUCACGAGAUGCCACUGAGCAGCGCAGAGACGUGGCCUUGUCGGCGGUGGAAGCCACCCUGGCCAACACUCCGAAUUCGCGACAAGGAGUGCCGCUGCUGGCGCAAGCUGCUUGGGCUUGCGCCAAUUUUCCAACCGCUGCUCUUUCCAAACCUUUGUGGAGCCGGCUUGCCGAAGCCUUGCAGGUGGGCCUCCAGGGAGGAUGCCGGAGCACCUCCAGUCAAGAUCUGGCAAAUGGCAUUUGGGCGCUGGCGGUAGCUUCCGUCGCACACGCUGAUUCGUCAUCAUUCUCAGCGCUCGCUGGAGAAGCUGCCAAACGUGACUUCGAGCCUCGGCAGCUAGCGGCCUGUGCAUGGGCUUUGGCGUCUUCCCGCCAUCGUGAUCCUGCGUGGCUGAAGGCCCUGGAGCGAUCGAGCCUCCGGGUGAUCGAGGAGCUCCAGCUGUCGGAGGUUGCUGCAAUCUCUUGGGCGUGGGCAGCAUCGGAAGCCGGCGAGUCGCUGAUUGAGGCGCUACUCCCACGAGCUGAGCAACUGCUUGAGGGACCAAGCCCAAGGUGGACAAGGACGUCUCGGGGUGGGCCGGGCUUUGUCGAAGCCUUGCUGCAGCUUGCAUGGGCCGGCUCCUUCGGACAAGUUUCCCGUGCGUCUGGCCUGAACAAGCUCAUUCAAGACCGCCUCCGCAGAGAGGGGAGACUCAGGGAUUCGCAGACUCGCGGAAGGAUGGCCGAACCAGCUUCAGCAAUGUUGGUGGAUCAGGUGCCGACGCACUCGUCCAACUCGCCAACGAUCGUUGUCAACGAGGAGCAGCAGGGUUUUGUGGUUCUUCACAAGCCUGUCCACUGGGAGGUGGACGGUGCCGAUGGCGUCGGUUCUGCGAGCCGGCCCAUACCACUUUCUGGCUACAUGCAGAUCCAGUUCCCCAACAGGCCUUUGCUUUCUGACGCCUCUGCCGGUGGCGGUUUUCUCGGAAGGUUGGAUGCGCAGUCAUCUGGCCUUGUGAUCAGUGCGCUGACCUACGAGGCGCAUUUGCUUCUGCAGUUCCGGCAAGACACUCAUUCUGUGGCCCGAGAGUACGUGGCACUGUGCCACGGCUUGGUGCCAGAGGACUUGCACGAGAUCCGCCUUCCAAUCCUUGUGCGCGCGGGGGCCUCCAGCGAAGUCCAUGCGAGCGGCGUGGCGGCCGUCACGCGGCUUCGAGUCCUCGCCCGGUGCAGCUCUUCAACGGAAGAUUACAGCCUGGUGGUGCUGUCCAUUCUGACGGGACGCAAGCAUCAGAUCAGAUGCCAUCUUUCACAUGUGGGUCAUCCUGUCGUCUGUGAUGGGCGCUAUGCACCGCAGGCGCUGCAAAGCGAUUUGCAGUGGUGUCCACGGCUCUUCCUCCACCGCUUCCGUCUUGAAUUUCCAGGCCUGGACGACGGCACGAUCGAGGCCAGCCACGGGUUACCGAACGACCUCCAGGAUGUCCUGCGCAGACUGUGUCCUCAGAGCCGCACGAGGAUGUCCGAGGACGUCUUGAGCCUUUGGUCCCGAGGGGAUUCGCUACCGUUCCACGAAUGGGCAGCGCGGAGCAAUGCUCGUGCGCAAAACGCAAAAGGUCUUUUGAGUGUGGUCUCAUCCCAUGCUCUCUUCAGCAGCAUCUGA